AUGGUUUUCUUUCAUGGAAUCUUGGACCUUAUAGUUCCCCCUCUAUGCCUAAUUUUCCUGCUCUGUAUUUUACCACCUUAUCUAUUAUUCAAGAUUGUUUACUUCUUCAUAAGAUCAAUGUUUAGUGAGAACGUAGCAGGAAAAGUAGUACUCAUCACUGGGGCCUCCUCUGGCAUAGGCGAGCAUCUGGCAUAUGAGUAUGGUAAGAGAGGAGCACGCCUAGCUCUUGUUGCCAGAAGAGAGAAUCGACUAAAGGAGGUUGCUACCAAAGCCAAGUCCUUUGGGUCUCCUGAAGUCAUCACCAUCCCAGCAGAUGUUUCAUGUGUCCAAGACUGUAAACGUUUUGUUGACUUCACACAAUUCAACCAUUUUGGACAAUUGGAUCAUUUGGUGAACAAUGCAGGAAUAGUUCCUCUCAGCUUAUUUGAAGACAUUACUGAUAUAACUAAUUUUGCACCCGCUAUGGACAUUAACUUCUGGGGUUCUGCAUACGGCACAUAUUUUUCAAUCCCCCGUCUCAAAAAAUCCAAAGGCAAGAUCAUAGCCAUAGCUUCCUCAGCUGGAUGGUUGCCUGCUCCAAGAAUGAUGUUCUACAAUGCAAGCAAAGCAGCAGUGAUUAGCUUGUAUGAGAGUCUAAGAACUGAAUUGGGAAAGGACGUAGGAAUAACUAUAGUUACACCAGGGUUGAUUGAAUCAGAAAUGACCCAAGGGAAGUUCCUAUCUAAGGAAGGCCAAAUGGUUCUUGACCAAGAAAUGAGAGAUGUUCAAGUUAGUGUGGUGCCCAUAAGAUCAGUCACAGAAGCUGCCAAAGAAAUUGUGAAUAGCGCUUGUCGUGGAGACUCUUACUUGACAGAACCAGCAUGGAUUAGGACUACCUUCUAUUGGAAGGUGUUCUGCCCUGAAGUAUUGGAGUUUUUAAACCGUUGGCUGCUACUAUCAGGGUCUUCAGAGAGGGAAACAAUUAGCAAGAAGCUAAUUAAUCUACCAGGCUUAAAGAAAUAUGUGUAUCCUGAGUCAGUUAGAAAUCCCAAAGCUCAAGCCCAACUAACGUCCAAUUGUAUGUCUUUGAAAUCUAGGUCAUGCUUUGUAAAUAUUGAAAUAAUAUCUGAUGACACUAUUACCCCACCCCAAAAAAACUUGUAA